AAUCAAGCGCACCACAUCCGGUCCCGCUGCCAAAUACUUCCGCCACUGCCACCACCAACGCGGUCCGUUGUGAAUGAAAGUGUCGCACCUGGUAUGAUAACCCUCAGUGUGAUUAAAAAAAGCAUUCUAUUAAACAUAACUAAACCUCUGAGGGUUUCACGGCUCAUAGCUCCACGCGCCAACCUCCGCUGUGUGCUCCCCGUGAACGAGCCUCGCGCAGAAGCUCGUUUCAUGUCCAGCGACGCGAAGAGACUCCGCUCAGAAAACAUGUCGGGGACAAAGAUCGGGACCCACAACGGCAGCUUCCACUGUGACGAGGUUCUGGCCUGUUUCUUCCUCCGCCAGCUCCCCGAGUACAAGGAUGCAGAGAUCGUUCGGACCAGGGACCCGGCGAAGCUGGCAGAGUGUGACAUCGUUGUAGAUGUGGGGGGAGAGUUUAACCCGAAGGAGCACCGCUAUGACCAUCACCAGAGGACAUUUACAGACAGCUACCACAGUUUGAUUCCAGAGAAGCCGUGGGUGACCAAACUCAGCUCCGCCGGCCUGGUCUACCUGCACUUUGGCCACCGGGUGCUGGCCCAGCUGACGCAGCUGAAGGAGGAUGACAGGCAGCUGGAGGUCCUCUAUGACAAGCUGUACGAAAACUUUGUGGAGGAGGUUGAUGCCAUAGACAACGGCAUUUCACAGUAUGAUGGGGAACCCCGCUACGCCAUUUCCAGCACGCUGAGUGCACGUGUCGGCCACCUGAACCCACGCUGGAACAGCAAGAGUCAGGACACCGAGGAAGGUUUCAGGAAGGCCAUGAAAAUGGUUGGGGAGGAGUUUCUGGACCGUGUGGAUUUUUACCAGUCCUCCUGGUUGCCGGCUCGUGUGGUGGUGGAGGAAGCUGUUAAGCAAAGACAUCAGGUAGAUCCCAGUGGAGAGGUCCUGUUGUUUUCCCAGGGUGGGUGUCCCUGGAAGGAGCAUCUGUUCGCCCUGGAGAAUGAUCUCAAGGUGGAGACGCCCAUCAAGUUUGUCCUGUACCCAGACCAGAAUGGACAGUGGAGGGUCCAGUGUGUUCCUGCUGGGCUCCACACCUUUAAUAACAGGCUGUCCUUGCUGGAGGAAUGGCGUGGCGUCAGAGACGAUGCGCUGUCGAAGCUCAGCGGGAUCGAGGGCUGCAUCUUCGUCCACACUGGAGGGUUUAUCGGCGGGAACAAGACCCAGGAAGGCGCCCUGGAGAUGGCCCGGAGGACCCUGCAGGCUGCAGCCCAGUCCCCUACAAAUGGAAGCAGCUGACCGGUUGGAGAAGGUGGCCAACAGCACAUUUUGUUCUCGGGUUAGUCCUCAGAGAGGAUGGCAAGGAUUAAAAUGUUAUUUUCCUAGCUUGCUGUUUGUUCAUCCCACCCAGGGCUAAUGUUUUGUACUGUUUUGCCAGAAUUGGGAUGGUAUGGAAAUGGCAGCCAAAUAACCUUGAACCAGUUCCCUAAUCCUAUGUCUAUAAACACUCAUGUUAUUCGUAUCUCAAUCUGUAUCAAAAUCUGUUUCGGUAUUCAUUUGAAAUAAAAAACUAUUUGGAUUAUA